AUGGCCCAGGCCCUGGAGGAUGGAGGCUCUCCGGCAGGACGCCAGCACCCAGGGGGACGAAGGCUUGUGGUGUUUGGGACUGUUGGGCUGCUGACUGGGGCCACUGUAGGGGUCUGGCUGCUAGUGACGUACCUGUGGCCCCCACCUCCACCCCGGGCACCAGGCUUGGAGACCCUGCAGGAUGCAGAGACAAUCGUGAGCUGUGAGGGGUUCAGCAGCAAGGAGGCUCCUCCUGCCGUGGCCCCCAGGACAGUAUCUUUCAGAAUCAACAAAAGAAACUUCUUGUUGGAAGUGCAGAUUAACGGGACAGCUGGCUGGCUCCUGGCUUGCCAUGCUGGAUGGAGUGCCUUACUGGGGACCAGGAUCUGCCAGGCCCUCGGACACAUCAGACUCACCCACCACAAAGGGGUGAACCUGACGGAUGUCCCGAUCGCCAGCACCCAGGCCUUCGCCCGGGUUUUGCCAGGGGCAGAGCCGGGGUUGGAGGAGUGGCAGCCCAGGGGCAGCUGCCCUUCGGGCCAGAUCGUCUCCCUCAAAUGCUCAGAGUGUGGGGCCUGGCCCCUGGCCGCCCGCAUUGUUGGUGGCCACGAUGCUCCCCAGGGGCGCUGGCCCUGGCAGGCCAGCCUGUUCCUAGGCUCCCGGCACAUGUGUGGGGGCACAGUCCUGGCACCACGCUGGGUGGUCACCGCUGCACACUGCAUGGACAGGCUGACCCAUCGGCCCGGCUGGAGGGUGAUCGCAGGACUGGUCACACGUGCCCUGAGAAAGCCACACACCGGGGCUGUGGUGGAAGAGAUCACCCUACACCCACAGUACAGCCCCCGGAGCCAUGACUAUGAUAUCGCCCUCCUCCGGCUCCAGACCCCGCUCAACUUCUCCAAUGCUGUAGGGGCCGUGUGUCUACCAAAGUAUCAGCAGAACAUCCCGUGGGGCACAGGAUGCUGGGUCUCAGGCUGGGGCCACACGGCCACCAACACCAUGCCCCCCGCUCCCAUGCUCCAGGACACUCUGGUGCCUCUGAUCAGCACGAGCCUCUGCAACAGCUCCCGUGUGUACGCCGGGGAGAUCACUGCUCGCAUGUUGUGCGCCGGAUACCUGGAUGGCAAGGCCGAUGCCUGCCAGGGGGAUAGCGGAGGGCCCCUUGUCUGCCCAGAUGAGGAAGUCUGGCGCCUGGUGGGCAUCGUCAGCUGGGGACGGGGCUGCGCAGAGCCCAACCACCCAGGAGUCUAUGCCAAGGUGACCGAGUUCCUGGACUGGAUCCACGGCACAAUGUGGGGCGAUUAG